GACUUCUCAAUUCCUCUCACAGUCCGUGAUCACCGCAGACUGAUCUCACUUGAGUGUUGCCAUCUUUUACGCAGUGGGAUUUAAACUCGCAAAGUGACAGCAGAACCAAAAAGGCAUUCUGGGCGCCUGACCUCAGCCCUCCCCCACGAUCCUGCAAUCCGGCGGGUGUUAAGAUCCAUGGAAGUGGCCGGAUUCUACGACGAGGGCAGCUUUGCUUUCCACGGUCGAGACAGCAUUAUCAGUCCCGUCAGCGGCGGCGGCGCACACUGGAAGCUCGGCGACUCGAUGACGGAGCUGGGCAUUGAGGACCGGGAGAGAGCCAUCGACUUCAGCCUGUACUUGGACUCUGCGCUGCACUGCGCGCAACUGGCGGCGCCGCACCAGCAGCACCAAGCGGACGCCUUCUCCGACUUAACCGCGGACAGCAAGAUCAAGAGAGUUGCAGCUUUGCAGAACUGCAAAAACUACACGUUGCUCAACGGGCUGGAGUCGAGUCAGUGCAACAACUUGAGGGACCCGAGGGAGCCGUACGCGCUGGGCUACAGCGAGCUGCAGGACACGCGUGUGGACAGUGUGCUCAGCCACGAACUGGCAGGGAGCCGCUACAGAUCCGCAGACAGAGACGACAGCCAGGAGGACCCAAAGAUGGACAACGGCUCCUCCGGCUUCGACAUGAGGUACCUUCACUACCAGUCCCCUCCCAGCGGCAGCCUCGGAAACAUCUCCACCGCGUCCUCGACUUGCUCCAGCCCGCCCGGCACACCUGCGCCCUCAGGUAAAAGCAGGUCGCCGUCGUACAACAGCGCCAAAAUGUCCAGCGGCAAAUCCAAGAAACGCCUGGACAAGGACAGCGAGGAGUACAGACUGAGGCGGGAGAGGAACAACCUGGCCGUGAGGAAGAGCAGAGAUAAAGCCAAAAUGCGCAACUUGGAGACGCAGCACAAAGUGCUGGAACUGACUGCGGAGAACGAUCGUUUACAGAAGCGCGUGGAGCAGCUGUCCAGAGAGCUGGCCACUCUGCGCAACCUGCUCUCCGCCACCGGACAGUGUUAGAAUCCCGAACUGGCCCCGAAUCACUGCUGGACUUUUGAGGUUCCAGCUGUUGAAAACGGUACGAAUGGACAGGUGACCGCACCGGUUUACAAAGAUGCUCGGAAUAGGACUGAAGUGGGUGCACGGAUUGCGCAAUCCUUCGCGAUCCGCCACAUGUCACCUUGCUUUAUUCUCAGAUGUCAAUUUAUUUGUGCGUGCGCGCGCGCGCGUGUGUGUGUGCAUAUGCAGUAUUUCUGUGCAGGUUUUCUGUGAAUUUCUAGAGUUUUCUCUAUCUGGAGCAAUGGUUGUCAAGGGAAGAGUUGUGCUGCAGUGAAAUGAUGCAACUCUUUGUAAUAGUAUUGGCAACGAAUGAAAUAAGUCUAAUUAUUUAAUAUUAAAUGGUGAAAUGCUUUAAAUGUACUUGAUAUUUUAUUGAAUUAAAAAGAUUUAUACUUUGUUUAAA